AUGGGAACAUGCUCUACUAAACAAAAGCAUCUACUAUGUUAAGGCAAGAAAUAAAAAAGUGUGGCUCCAGAGAAAUUUAAAACUAGAGAUUUCUCGACUUAAACUGAGAAUUAAUUGAUUGACUCAAAGUAACUUGAAUUUUUGUAAACUAGAAGAAACUUUCAUCUGUCUGAAUCCAUAAAAGAGCUUAAGUCUUCCACUAAUUUUUUGGAAGGAACAUCAAUUCAAACGCAGCCAAUUAUAGGAACGCAAUUUGAGACCUAAGAUGAGCCAGAUAAUGACAAAAACAUAGAUCUCCCUAGACUCAAAAUCCUCAAAGGUUUAAAUGUUUUAAGUCCAAUUAAAAAUCAUCCUCUAUCUGAUUAGAAAUUGCAAGCUCUUUAAAAGUAGAAAACAUAACCUAUGAAAAGUCCAUUCAAAUAGGUAGAGCCAUUAGAAAGCAAAAUCAAUAUGAAAAGGGCCACCGAAGCAUUUUAUGGUAGAAAUAUGCCGAAACUUAGCAUCAUAAAGAAAGAAGGUUUAAAUAUUAAUAAGGAGAUAGAUGAUAGAAUAAAAAACAUGGAGUAUGAGGAAAGUUUAUCUUCAUCAUCAAGCGAUGAAAAUUCAUAAUCAAAAAGUCCAUCACUUUCCCCUUAAGGUGUUAAAUUCCCAAUUAUAAAAAGUCUACAGAGUAACUUGAUUAAUUUUUCAAAUAGCUCAGCCAUCCCAAUUAGAUCUUUGAAAGCAGUCAAAUAUUAGACAUUAAAAUAAGAUAAUACGAUUUAAUCGAAAUUCCCACUGAAAUAAUCUAUAACAUAGGAGAGGGCACUACCUCCUAUAAAUUCAAUCCAAUAGAUAAAGAGGAAUUCAAUGAUCAUUGUAGAUAGCUCUAGCUAAUAAUCCAAGCAAAAUUUAGAUGAGCGGCAAUUCGGCCAUAAUCAGAAGCCAUCCUAGGAUAGGAAUCUGAUUCGAUAGGUUAGGGUUAUCUCUAGGUAAAUUAGGAGCUAGGAAGAGUUGCCAGGCAUUGUUGAGGAGUCUAAGAGAAAGAAUAUUCAAAAAUUUAUCAAGAGAUAGACGAUGAUCAUUUAAGACAUUAAGAAAUCAGACCUUGUUGCGAAGAAGAGAAAUAGUCUUUAGAUUGAGGUCAUUAAACUUGAGUAAAGCAGAUCAAAUGUAGACUUUUUCCAACCAUCUGCUCAUAAUUUGAACGAUAUUAAUACCAUUUCGCCAAUCUUAAAGAAAGACAAAUCAGAUUUAUUUUCAUAGUUAUAGUAGCUCCAGAACACUUAGGAGCUCGAAAUAGUUAGCGAGAUUAGUUCUACUUUCUCUGAAAUUGAUUCUAUUAAUGAAAAAGAGUAGGAAAAUAGUAGUACAGCAAAAAAGGAGAAAAGAAUUCCUCUUUAAAACAAAUAAUUGAGGAUAUUGCCUGUAAAUAUGAGACAACGAGUUUCUAUCCAAUACGAUCUGUUGCCUAGAUAAAAUCUCAUAGAACAGAAAAAUAGCAACUUGCUUGGAGUAACAUUGCAGUAAAAGCGUCGUAGAACAGUAGGAUUUUCCUAAAUACCUCAUUAGAUCUAGUACUCUCCAACUAGUAGUGCAAAAUAACUCAGAAAGUAAAUAGAUAACAUCAAAGAUGAUGAAAAGUAAUCAUCAGACACAGAAUCGAUUCCAUCAAGCAUUUAAAAAUCUAAUUCUUAGUCUAGAGGAAAGGUUUCCAGGAUAGAUCUUGUGCAUAACUCAUCUAUCAGUUCUCAUCAAUUCAAAUCAAACAUUUCAAGAAGUUCAUAUUCAAGAUCAUCGAAAGGAAAAAAGAUUCUCAAUUACAGACAGAUUAAAAAUCUCGGCGAAGGAAAAUUCUCCAAAGUGAAACUAUGCCAAAGUAUUGAAGACUCUGAAAAUGUUGUAGCCAUUAAAAUUUUAAACAUUCGUAAGCUCAAGAGGAGAGAUUAAGUUUCUCCGCUAAUGAGGAAUUCAACAUCUGACAUCACUAAUGAGAUCAGAGUGUUAAAGAAAUUAAACCAUUAAAACAUUAUAAAGCUCAUUGAAACAUAAUUAAUAGAAGAUAAGCAGUAUAUAGUUCUCGAAUAUUGUGACUAGGAUUGUCUUUAGAGUAUAUUAGAAAAGAAAACGUACAUUGAAGAGGAGAAAGCAAGACAGAUAUUUAAAUAAAUCAUUGAAGGUCUUGAAUACCUACAAACGAAUGGAAUAUGCCAUAGAGAUCUAAAACCUCAUAACAUAGGAUUAUGUGAAAAUGACGUUGUAAAAAUAUUUGAUUUUGGAACAUGUGUGACAGAUUUGCCGAUUGAUAAUCCAAAGGUUUCAGGACUUGGUGGAACUUUACUUUUUAACAGUCCUGAAUAGCUCGAUGGUGAAAGGAAGAGUUAUGACGGCUUCAAAGCUGAUAUCUGGGCAUGCGGCGUUAUCCUAUACCAAAUUUUAACGGGAAAGUAUCCUUUUUAUGAGGCUACCACGCAUUUGAUUACCAAAACCAUUCUAAAUAGCGAAGUUUAAUAUCCAAUUGAUAUAAAGUAGUAGAUUAGCGAUAGCGCAAAGGACUUAAUAAGUUUGAUCCUUGAAAAAGAUCCUUAGAAAAGAUUGUCUAUAAAUUAAAUCAAAAGCCAUAAGUGGUUUUGUCAGUGA